CUGUUCGGCGCUCUCGCACCGGUGGAGGGAAGCGUCCAUCCUGCGCUCUCCAGCAGCUGCCGGAUGGUUGAACCCCCAAAAGUCGCCGUCAGGCAGCACUUGAGCUUUGGCUCUGGAGCGCGUCGGGGCGCGCAGAGCGGCGGCAGCGGGGAUGGACGGACGGCUGCGCGCCGCGGGCUGUGCGCUCCUGCGGGGGGAGACGUGGAAGGCGUGAGGAGCAUUAAAACGUCAGUUUGCAUUUAAUUCUUGCCUUCACGGAGGCUGGAGAGGUGCGGCUUUGCCUCCUGUCAGUAAUCCGCUUGCGGGGAGGAGCAGAGCAGACGCUCCACACUUGACAGGAGGGGAGUUUGAAGCCGGACGGAGACGCAGAGUUUCCCGUCCUCUGGUUCUGCUGCUGGAGGCUGGUAUGGACUGAGUUGGUGAAGCUGCUGGGUUUACUCUUCAUCAUGAGCGGACCGACGAAUGUCCAGUACCAGACGGGAGUCUAUGGAGAGAACAACAACAGCAGCUCCCCGCUGUCCAGCUGUGGGAAUUCGCCCAUCGUGUGUGACCGCUGCGGGGAGGUCUGUCGCGGGGAGGUGGUGCGGGUCAAGAACACACACUUCCACGUUCAGUGCUUCACCUGUCAAGUGUGCGGCUGUAACUUGGUGCACGCGGGUUUCUUCCACCACUCUGGUGAGUACAUCUGCACGGAGGACUACCAGCGGCUCCACGGGACUCAGUGUGACAGCUGCAACCAGUACAUCACUGGAGAAGUUGUGUCCGCUCUGGGAAGGACGUACCACUCACACUGUUUUGUCUGCAGCAUAUGCAGAAGUCCAUUCCCAAUCGGCGACAGAGUGACCUUCUGUGGGAAAAAGUGCGUGUGUCAGCAGUGCUCACAUUCUCUGAACAGCGACAAGCCCGUCAUGGUCCACGGACCGAGCUUAGCUCCGUCUGACAGAGGAAGUGUGGCUGCCAGCACAGGAAGAGAAAGGAAGGAGGAGAGAAAUGAGCAGAGAUUGGCAGACCAGAAAGACUGCGCAGGCUGUGGGGACGAGAUCAGACAGGGUCAGUCCCUGCUGGCCCUGGAGAGACAGUGGCACGUCAGUUGUUUUAAAUGCUGGACAUGCGGCUGCGUGCUCACUGGAGAGUACAUCAGCAAAGAUGGGAAACCUUAUUGUGAGACUGACUACCACACUCAGUUUGGGAUCAGGUGUGGGAGCUGUAACAGGUUCAUCAGCGGCAGAGUGCUGGAGGCUGGAGGGAAGCACUACCACCCCAGCUGUGCCAGGUGUGCACGCUGUCACAUGAUGUUCCUGGAAGGAGAAGAAAUGUACAUUCGAGGUUCAGAGGUUUGGCACCCCGUGUGUAAGGAAGCAGCUCGCUUGGAGAGAAAACUGAGGCUGAGACGGACCUCUGAGACGGCAUCGCUCUCCCCCUCAGGCUCGUCUCCUGUCCUCGGCUCACCUCACCGCCUCAUCUGUUCUAAAGCUAACAGUGACGUUUUGGACUACAAGCAUCUGGCAGCUUUGCCCAAAGUCAAAGCUCUGUAUGACAUCCAGAGGCCGGACAUCAUCCCGUUCCAGGCCAACCACACAAAGCUUUCAGUUGACACCUUGGAGAGAUACAACAGCGGUCAGUCCUUGGGCUCCUUAUCACCAUACUCUAAUGAUCUGUUGGAUGGAGUGGAUCUGAGAACGAGGCGUUCCUCCAGCUCCGCCUUCACCGACUCACCUGCACACAGUCGCCACGGAGGGUCCCCGCUACAUUACUACAUCCCAGGCAGUGAGAGUGGCAGGAGCUCACCUUAUUACAGUCAGCCAGAGCCCAGGUCCACCACCCCCACCACCUCCUCCACCUUCCAAGCCCUCAAGCAUUUCCAUGUUCCAGCUUCAGAGGAAACCAACAUCUACAGAAAACCCCCGAUCUACAAGAGACAAGACGUUUCCGCUUCUCCAACUGCCAGUAAGAUGAAGACCAACGAGAAUCAUGUCAAAUCCAACCACUUUUCCAACUACAACAACCUUUACCACACAGCCUCCAACUACUAUCCAUAUAUCGGCUCUCCUAAAGUCUCCAGGAUGAGGAGGUUUUCAUCUGGAGGAGAGGAGGACGGAUGGAAUCAAAACAUAAACAAGGGAAUUGGAAGGAUGAUCCUGAAGGAGGAGAUGAAGGCACGAUCAGCCUGUCACGAGAACGGCCACUGGGGAAGCACACGCAGCUCCCGAUGUAGCAGCAAGGAGGCGCUAAACCAUCUGGAGUACAGCUCUCUCAAUGGGUCUCCCAGAUCCAUCUACAGUGCAGACGCCAAUUCAUACACGUCCAAGUCUUCUUCACUCCCCGGCUAUGGCAGAAAUGGACUGAACAGGCCUGGAAGUGCGAAUGCGGAUUAUUACCAGUAUGACAGCAGUAAUGCAGUUAAUUGGCAGAUCAGAGAAUACAAAAUCUACCCAUAUGAAGCUCUUGUAGUGUCAGUGAGAGGACAACACCCCGUCCCUGCAGAUGUGGACCGAGCCCGAUUAGAGCGUCACCUUUCACCAGAUGAGUUUUACAGAGUCUUUGGCAUGUCCAUGUCAGCCUUUGACCGUCUCGCGCAGUGGAAAAAGAACGAACUGAAGAAACAAGUCCGACUCUUUUGAAGAAAAAAAAACCUGAAACAACAAAAUCUAUCUGACCUGGUGCUGGUCCAACAUCAACAGUGUGCUAUCAAAGUAGCUUCCACUCAAAAAUGGCUGGUCCUGGAAGUGUCAGCAGAAAAAUUCAUCAGCUUCCUGUUCUUGAUGUGCACUAGGAUUUCUUAAGCAAUACCUGUGAGGACGGCCAACUGGGCCGGACAAGGAAAAACUGGGUGAAAGGAGAAAAACGGAGCUGAAAACAGGACUUGGAUUUCAACUGACAUGCCAAAAAAAAAAAAAAAUGGGUG